ACGCCGGCUCCGCGGGUACCCCCGGCUCCGCUGACAUACGGACUCUGAUGGCUUCCACGCCUGCUUCACAGCCUUCUCCUAAAAAAACGGUGGCCUCUCACGUGCCUUUUGCGGAUCUGUGUUCUACUCUGGAGCGAAUACAGACAUGUAAAUCUCGUCCAGAGAAAACUAAGUACUUCAAGGAUUUUCUGGAUUCCUGGAGAAAAUUCCAUGAUGCUCUUCAUCAAAAAGACAAAGACGUCACAGAUUCUUUUUAUCCAGCUAUGCGACUUAUUCUUCCACAGUUGGAAAGAGAAAGGAUGGCAUAUGGAAUUAAAGAAACUAUGCUUGCGAAGCUGUAUAUUGAACUGCUUAAUUUACCAAAAGAUGGAAAAGAUGCUGCGAAGCUUUUAAAUUACAGAACACCUGCUGGCUCACGUGGAGAUGCUGGAGAUUUUGCAAUGAUUGCAUAUUUUGUGUUAAAACCUAGGAGUCCAAAACAAGGCAGAUUGACAAUAGAACAAGUCAAUGAACACUUAGAUGCGAUAGCUAAUAAUAAUGUUGCUAAAAACAAGGGUCAGUUAAAGAAAAGUCUUCUUCAGUUAAUUACCCAGAGCACAGCAUUGGAACAAAAAUGGCUCAUCCGGAUGAUUAUAAAGGAUCUAAAGCUUGGUGUUAGUCAACAAACUAUAUUUUCCAUUUUUCAUCCUGAUGCUGUUGAAUUACACAACGUCACAACUGAUUUGGAGAAAGUUUGCAUACAACUGCAUGAUCCCUCUGUCUCACUUAGUGAUGUUUCUAUCAUGUUGUUUUCUGCCUUUAAACCAAUGCUCGCUGCUAUUGCUGAUGUCCAGCAAAUUGAGAAACAAAUGAAUAACCAGCUAUUCUACAUAGAAACUAAGCUGGAUGGUGAGCGUAUGCAGAUGCACAAAGAUGGAGAUGUGUAUAAAUAUUUUUCCCGAAAUGGGUUUGACUAUACUCAGCAGUUCGGUGCUUCCCCCCUUGAUGGUUCCUUAACGCCAUUUAUUCAUAAUGUUUUUAAGAGCAACAUACAAAAUUGCAUUCUCGAUGGUGAAAUGAUGGCUUACAAUCCUGAGACGCAAACCUUUAUGCAAAAAGGAAACAGAUUUGACAUAAAAAGAAUGGUGGAGGACUCUGAUCUGCAGACCUGCUUCUGUGUGUUCGAUGUAUUGAUGGUUAACGAUCAGAAGUUGGGGCACGAAGUACUAAGCAAAAGAUACGAAAUCUUAAGUAGUGUAUUUACCCCGGUACCGGGCAGGAUACAUGUUGUACGUAAAAAAAGUGCCAGAACAAGAAAAGAAGUAAUUGAUGCUUUAAAUGAAGCAAUAGAUAACAGAGAGGAAGGGAUUAUGGUGAAAGAUCCCAUGUCCACCUACAAGCCUGACAAACGUGGGGAAGGCUGGUUAAAAAUCAAGCCGGAAUACAUCAAUGGGCUGAUGGAUGAACUAGACCUUUUAAUUGUUGGUGGUUACUGGGGGAAGGGCUCACGUGGCGGAAUGAUGUCUCAUUUUCUGUGCGCUAUUGCAGAGACGCCCCCUCCAAAUGAAAAACCUACCGUUUUCCACUCUAUUUGUCGUGUUGGCUCUGGCUAUACUAUGAAGGAAUUGUAUGAUCUAGGUUUGAAACUGGCUAAACACUGGAAGCCCUACCAUAGGAAGGACCCUCCCUGUAACAUUUUGUGUGGAACUGAAAAACCUGAAAUGUACAUUGAACCUUGGAACUCUGUCAUAGUUCAGAUCAAGGCAGCCGAGAUUGUUAACAGUGAUAUGUACAAAACUGACUGUACUUUGAGAUUCCCCCGAAUUGAGAAGAUAAGAGAGGACAAAGAAUGGUACGAGUGCAUGACUUCAGACAUGUUAGAAGAUCUCAGAAGCAAAGCAGAAGGGAAGUUGGCAUCUAAGCACCUUCAUGUAGAUGAGUAUGAUGAGCCACAAGAGAAAAAAAGGAAAACGGUAUCAAAGGUGAAGAAGAUAAUUGGAAUAGCUGAGCAAUUUAAAGCUCCUGAUCUUUCUAGUGUAAACAAGGUUUCAAAUGUAUUUGAAGAUGUUGAGUUUUGUGUUAUGACAGGAACGGGAAAAUAUUCAAAGUCUGAACUGGAAAGCAGAAUAGCCGAAUGUGGUGGCAGCGUGGUACAGAACCCGGGGCCAGAGACUUACUGUGUCAUUGUAGGAGCUGAGAAUGUCAGAGUGAAAAACAUCAUCGCUUCCAACAAAUACGAUGUGGUGAGGGCAGAGUGGCUCCUUCAGUGUUUUCAAACCAAAAUGCUGGUGCCUUGGCAGCCAGCCUUUAUGAUUCACAUGUCUCCAGACACAAAAGAACAUUUUGCUCGUGAGUAUGAUUGUUAUGGAGACAGCUACACAGCAGACACAGAUGUUGCACAACUCAAGGAAGUGUUCUCAAGAAUGAAAGACAGUAAGGUGAUGCCUUUGGACAUGAUUGCAGUGUUAGAAGAACGCUAUUCAUGGAACAGCCAUCAGCUCAGUAUAUUCAGAGGAAACACUAUUUAUGUGGACUGUUAUGCUGCUGUUAAUGAGCCCACAACCAAAAUCCAUGGAACAACACUAUCAAUUAGAGCUUUGGAGCUCCGUUUUUAUGGUGCAAAAGUAGUCUCUCACCUUGAAGAGGGUGUCUCCCAUGUUGUUAUAGGAGAAGAUUGUUCCCGGGUAAAAGAGAUGAAAGCACUCAGGAGAACAUUUGGGAAAAAAUUUAAAAUCGUAUCUGAGCUGUGGGUAACACAGUCAGUGGAGGAAGGAGUCCCAAAGAAUGAAAAUCAGUACUUAAUUUAAAGUAGUUUUUAACCUUGGAGCAAAAGCAUUCUUGUUGGCAUGAUUGGACUUGGAUAUUAUGAGGUUGCCUUAAAUUUUUUGUGUGUUUUCAUGUCUGUUGAAAGCUGGCUCUGGCUAAAGAAUUACACUGUAUUGUUGAAAUCAGACGAAGGCUUUUAAUUACACUGUUGCAGAAGCAAGAGGAUGCUAAGCUAUGUUGGAGGAGAAAAAAACCCACCGCAAGAUAAAUAAUGUAAGCCUUUUACUUCACAAACAGGUCUCAGGAGAGGUCUAUUAUUUUACUGAAGAGAAUUCCUAGCUAUUAAUAGUGCUUGCCUCCAUUGUUCAAAAUGGAGACAAUAAUUUACUAUUUUAUGGAGAUUCUACUAUUUAACAUAUUGUUUAUUUAUCAAUUUACAAUCACAUUGAUGUUUUUGUGGAAUUGCUUUGUGUAUAUUCCAUAUGCUAUAGAAUUCAGUAAUUUAUAAACCUUGUCUGUAGUAUUUUAAUUUGUUUACAUUGGUUUUAGCAUUGAGCCCCACACGGCCUCAGUAGCACUUUGCUUUUAGGAUAUUGCAUUGAUCCCAUGUUUCUUUGUGUAAAUAACCAUUGUAAAAGAGAACCUAAACUUCUGAUUGAGGUGCUAAUGAAUUAAUAAUGACCUAUAUAUCUGUAAAAUACAAAUCAAUUACUUAAAAACUGUAAUGACCUCCUGUGCUCAUUACAGUUAAACUCUGAAGUGCGACAGGGCUAGGCUUUUACACUUAACUAUCGGUUUAUCUUUCAAAAAAUGUCUCAUAAGCUAUUCCAGUAAUGUAGGAUUAAUUUCCAAAUAUCUAGUUCAAUGUUUUUUU